AUGUCUGCACCAAAAUCACUCCUCGCCCGUUACCGUCAGUUGGCACCUAAUGCCAGCGUUCGGGUCUCCCCUCUAUGUCUUGGAGCGAUGACCUUUGGCGACGGUGCCGGCAGAGCUCUUCAUGGCAAAACUACUCUCGAAGAGUCGACAGCCAUUCUCGAUGCUUUCUACAAAGCUGGUGGCAACUUCAUCGAUACUGCCAACGGGUACCAAAACGGCGAGUCCGAGAGGCGAUUGGGCCAGUGGAUGGUCGACAACGACAACCGCGACGAGAUGGUCAUCGCCACCAAGUUCACCGGCGGAUACAUGCGGGGUGAGCCCAACAGAAUUCAAGCCAACUUCUCGGGCAACGGUACGAAGAGCAUGAAAAUGUCCCUCGAAGCUAGUUUGAAAAAGUUACAGACGAGCUAUGUCGACAUCCUGUACCUGCAUGAUUGGGACUCAUCGGCCAAGAUCGUGGAAGUCAUGCACAGCCUCAACGAUCUGGUGGUCGCCGGUAAAGUCUUGUACUUGGGAGUCUCGGACACCCCAGCCUGGAUUGUUUCAAAGGCAAACCAGUACGCCCGUGAUCAUGGCCUGAGGCCUUUCGUGCUGUACCAAGGUCUAUGGAACGCAGGAGUCCGCGACUUUGAGCGCGAAAUCAUCCCCAUGGCUCGCGAGGAAGGAAUGGGUCUCGCUCCUUGGGGCCCGGUCGGUGAGGGAAGGUUUAAGACAAAGGAUGUUCUGGCCAAGAUGGAGCAAGGCACGCGUGGCCUUCCCAUCACACAAAAAGAUCGGGACGUCUCGGCUGUGCUCGAGAAGGUUGCAGAACGCAAGGGCAACACCCUUUACCAGAUCGCUGUGGCAUACCUAAUGCACAAGACAACCUAUGUGUUCCCGAUUAUCGGUUCCACGAAGGCGGAGCAUCUAUCCAGCAACAUCGAGGCACUAGCAAUAGAGUUGAGCCCCGAGGAUAUCCACGAGAUUGAGCAGGCUUACCCCUUCAACCAUGGCUUUCCACACGAAUUCCUGUCUGGAUCGCAUUUCGAGGGUGAGAAGGUGGAAUCGAGGCAGGUCCAUGGGCCUGAGGAUGUUGCUUUGACAAAGUGGUCUGGUGUAACUAUCGAUUGGGUUAUGGGAAGCAAGCCCAUUCUUCCAAGCAAUAUGAAGUAG